UUCCCCAAACAGCCCUAGCGCCCAGCCAUGCCUGCCUGAACCCCGAAACAAAUCCCUAGGUCAGCAGGUGACACGAUUGUCCUCCAUUUCCUCACCUUCUUUAGUAUUGCCUUGCCGUCGCUACCGCGUUUUGGUUCCCGACUGGAUCCAGCGUCGGGUAGGCGAUGUAGAGGAGUUUCUCUUCGUCCCCAUUGGCGUUGUGUAUUUUGCUUUUGUUAAGCUUCGGUGUAUGCUACUAAUUUCUAUUCCAGUAGCCUUGUGCUGCUAAUUUUGGGCAGUCGGAUCUCUAUGAACCCAGUGUUCUUAGACUAAUUCCGACCAGCUGAGAUCUUGGCUCCUGAACAUAGCAAUUCGUAAGGGGACUGAAGAAAUACCAUUUGGUGAAGCGUUAAUUUGCGUCAUGGCGGAUCACGAGGAGCCUAAUAAGGAGGAACUCGCGGGAGCCGCGGAUGUCACGGCGGAUGUCACGGAUUCUCAACAAGAAAAGGCGAAGGAGGAGAAGAAAGAUCGCAAGGACCGGAAAGACCGCGACCGGGAGAGAGACCGGGAGAAGGACAGAGAUAAGGAUAAGGAUAAGGGUCGAGACAGGGACAAGGACCGAGAUCGCGAUCGGGACAGGGAUAGGGAUAGGGAUAGGGACAGAGGGCGAGACCGCGGGAGGGAUAAGGAUCGGGAGAGAGAGAAGGACAAGGGGAGAGAGAAGGAUAGGGAGAGGGAGAGGGGCUCGGAGCGGGAUCGCGAUCGUGAUCGCGACAAGAAGCGGGACCGUAGUAGGUCACCUGACGGCGGCCGUCACCGUCGGAGCAGCAGGCGGCUAGGCGGCUACUCGCCCAGGCGUCGCGAAGGCGAGCAGGGGAAUCGCACGCCGUCGCCGUCGUCGCGCGCUCGCAAGCAGCCGUCGCCGGAGAGGAGGAAGAAGCGCGGGUGGGACCAGGGCCCUGAAGGCGUGGACCCUGCGAUCGCGUCGGUCAUGGCACACGUGGCAGCCGCUCAGCAAAUCGCCGCCACGCAGACCGCCGCGAUGGGCUUCGGCGGAAUGGGCGGGUUCGGCGGGAUGGGGAGCAUGGGGGCCAUGGGCGCGUCGAUGCUGGAUCCCGCAAUGUUGGCGCAGCAGGUGGCAGCGGCGCAGCAGACCGCCGCAGCGAUCACCGCAGCCGCGCAGGAGCAGCACCUGAUUCCGCAAACAACUGGCGUGCAAUACGACGCGGGGGGUUACGACUCGUACCAACAAACUGCCCCGCAACCGCUGGCGCAGGCGCAACCUUCCGCGCCGAUGAACCCGGAGCUGGCGCAGCAGCUGCAGGAGGCGCAGCAGAAGGCAGCCGCGGCGUUAGCCGCCGCGGCGCAGGGGAUCCUUCCGCCGAGCCUCACCGGGGGCGCGCCGGGGGGGGGCGCGGAAGGCGCGGGGCUUCUGUCGCAGCCCGGGGGGAUGCCCGCGCCGUCGCUGGCGCAGCUGACGCGGCCGGCGCGGCGGCUGUACGUGGGGAACGUGGCGCCGGCCGUGACGGACAACGAGCUGCUGGAGUUUGUGAACGCGUCCAUGGCGUCCAUCGACGCCGCGGAGGACGGCCGCAAACCGUGCAUCGCCGUCACGUCGAACAAGGAGAAGGGGUUCGCGUUCGCGGAGUUUGAGAAGCCCGAGGACGCUACAACCGCGCUGCAGCUGGACGGCAUCGUGCUGCACGGCGUGGGGCUCAAGAUCCGCCGCCCCAAGGACUACAACCCCAUGAUCGCACCAGGAGGCACGGACUCGAAUGCAAUUGCGCUGGGUGGGGGUGUGCCCAGGACUGUGGCUGCUGCUGCCAAGGAGGUCAUCACGAACGUGGUGCCGGAUGGGCCGAACAAGGUGUUCAUAGGCGGCAUCCCUCCCUCGCUAUCCGCUGAAAAGAUUCGCGAGGUGCUGUCAGCGUUUGGGCAGCUGAGGGCCUUCCGCAGGGAGCUCGACCUAACCUCCAAGCCCCCACGCGCAUUUGCGUUCACCGAGUACAUGGAUCCGAGCGUGACGAGUGCAGCACAGGCUGGCCUGAACGGGCUGCCCCUGGGCCACCACUCCAUCCUCACCGUCGUCAGAGCCACGCCUGAUGCUCCUGAAGAGCCCCCUGCGGACGCCACUCCCACCUACUCCAUCCCCGAGGAGGCCAAGCCUCUCAUGCAGACGCCCACACGCAUUCUGGAGAUCUGUAACCUGAUGACCAAGAAGGAGCUCAAGGCGAUGAGCGAGGAAGAGUUUGAGGAUCUAGAGGAGGACAUUCGUCUCGAGUGCAAGCGGUUUGGCACUGUCAAAUCGCUGCACAUCGUGCGACCUAAAGACGUUGCCGAUGCUGACGAUAGCGACAGUGAGGAGGAGGAGGAAGACAAGGAAGAGGAGGAAGUGGUGAAGGGACGGUUGGAAGGGGUCAAGGAAGAAGAGGAGGAGGGGAAGGAAGAGGAUAAAGCGGAGGUAGAGGAGGAAGCGAAAGAGGUGGAGGGGGAGGAGAAGAAGGCAGAGGAGGAGGAGGAGGAGGUUAAGGAGGGAGGGGAGGAGGUGAAAGAGGGUGAGCAGGGAGCAGCAGCAGGAUAUGGUGAGAAGGAAGUGAAGGAGGAGCAGGAGGGGGAGAAGGAUGCUGGGAAGGAGGGGAGUAAGGAAGGAGAUAGAAAAGAGGAGGGUAAUAAGGGGGAUGAGAGUAAGGAUGAAGUUAUGAUGGAUGCUGAAACGGUGGCUGGGGAUGAGGCAGGGGAGAAGGCGGAAGAGAAGGUGGAAGGAGCAGCAGAGGGAGGCGCAGCAGCAGAGGCAGGUGCAGCAGCAGAAGGGGAGGGGGCUGAUGGGAAGCGGGAGGCGCAGGAUGAGGCGGGUGGGAAGGAGGGCGGAGAUGAAGAGAUGAAAGAAGCACAGGUCGAGAAAGCUGAGAACGGAGAAGCGGAGGGAGAGGGAGGUGUCACGAGUGAGGCGGUUGGUGAAGGGAAGGAAGAGCAGGAGGGUGGGGAAGGUGUGGAAGCAGUAGGAGAGGAGGAGAAGGUGGCGAAAGAGGAGGAUUCGGAUAGUGAUGUGGUUGAGGUGGUUAUAGAGAAGGAAGAGAAGGGGGAGGAGGAGGAGGUGGAGGGGGGUGUGCUUCCGUCUAAGGGGAGUGGUGAGGCGGAAGGGGAGGCUCUUGAUGGCUUGGCUGACAUUGCUGCUGCUGCAGCUGCUGAAACUGCAGAGGCCGAGACAGGGGCAGCAGCAAAAGGGGCAGCUGAAGGGGCAGCAGAAGGGGCAGCCGAAGGAGACAAGGAGGGUGGAAGUGCUGAGGAAAAGAAAUCUGAGGGUGGGGGAGGGUUUGCGCUUGAUCUGAACGUGACUGUAGAGGGGGAGGAGGAUGGGGGAAAAGUUGGAGGAGAGGAGGGGACUGAGGGGGCGAAAGAAGAGGUUUAUGAGACGACUCCAGAGGAUGAUGAUGGGGAGAAGGGAAAGGGGGGAGAGGAGGGUAAGGUGGAGGAGAAAGCUGGAGAGGGGGAAGAGAAGGAGAGCGCAGGGGAGAAGGAAGAGAAUGAGAAGGAAGGAACCGAGGAGAAGAAAGAGGAAGCGGAGGGAGGGGAAGGUGAAGGGGUUGCUGAAGUUGAAAAGGGAGCAACCGCAGAGAAGGCAGAUGGAGAGGGCGAGGCGGCUGGAAACGUAGAGGGUGAGGGAGGUAAGCAGGAGUUGGAGACAGCAGAGGGAGCAACAGAGGCUGCCGUGGCUGUAAAGAGCGAGCCUGAGGUGACUGUGGAGGCCAAGGCAGAGGCAGCCGGUGCGGAGGAAGCCAAGGAAGGCAAGGAAAGCAGUGAGGCGAAACCAGCAUCAGCUGCAGCCGCUGCUGCCCCUGCUGCACCUGCUGCCACUGCUGGAGCUACAGCCCCUGCUGCUGCUGCUGCUGCUGCUGCGGCUGCUGCAACUGCUGCCCCGAUACCAGCCCCUUCAGCCUCGGUGGCCUUCCCUCCCCCAGUGCGCAUGCCUGCUCCCGGGCCCCCCAUGCCACUCAUCCCUGGAGUCACCUUCCCCGCCCCCUUCCGCCCCCCAGUCCUCCUCCCCCCAGGCGUGGAUGUACCUCCCCCAGGUGUUACCACCCCAGGCGUUGCCACCCCAGCUGCCACCCUAGGCGCUCCUGGCUCUAUUCGCUUCCCUGCCCCGUUUGCCCCGGGUGCUCCGCCCCCUGGUGCUGGCAAGGGGUUGCUGGGGCACCAGCCAGGGCAGGUGGGGAAGCCUGGGGAAGCAGGUAAGCCAGGGCACCCCGGGGCGAUAGUGUUGGCGGGGUCUAGAGGGAUGGGGGAUUUGGUGGAAGCUGCUAGGAAGCAGGAGAGGGAGGUGGAGAAGUGGAGGAUUGGGCGGGCUUAUGUGGAGUUUUCAAGGGAGGAGAGUGCGAGCCGGGCGGCGCAUAUGCUGCACGGGCGGGUGUAUGCAGGGAGGAAGGUGACGUGCUCGUUCUUGCCGCUGAGGGUGUAUCAGAAGAAGUUUAACAAGGGGUUGAAGCCGCGCACGCAUGAGGAGAAGCAGGAAGCUGCGUUGGCGGUGCAGGCGCACUUGACUUCGCAUUUGCCCGAUGACUUCUAGUAACCGCACAUCAGUGUGGUUUAGUGUGCUAAUGUGUGGAUGCUAUUGCCUGCUACGUUUCUCCAGCUUGUGUGCAUUGUUCAACCAUUAACCGUUCAUGUGAAGAUGACAUUUUGAAGUAACUGGAUUUAGUGA